GUGUUUUACCGCUAAUCGUAAUAAUUGCACAAACACUAUAAAUGUGCGCAGGUUGCCAGUGUUUUGUAUUGACUAUGGUUCAGUUAUUUUUCUUUGCAUUCUGAUUCGCAAAGCGAUCGACCGCUAGCUGUAAAAGUGCUCAGGUUAUUUGCGCAGCAAUUAUAACAGAGUUUAAUGUCAAUUAUAAACCAAUUACUGCACUAGACACACGCGUUUACCUUAAUGUUGUCUGGUAUAGACGUAUUGUGUGUAAAAGAAAAACGCGUUUUCCUACAAUAUAUGUGAAGAUACGCAUAACAACAAUUACACUCCUUAGCCUGAGAUUUGUGGCAACGCUGAGCAGAUUAUUACAAAUUUACAUUAGUGUUUGUUUACAAUUGAGCUGGUGAUUAUUAUUGAAGAGUUGCCACCAUCUUUACUUAAAACACAGUAAAAAAAAAUAAAUAAAAUAAGAAAAUGAGCGAUGACAAUAGCAAUUUUGAGGACAUCGACAACAGCGACAAUGACAGCGUAGAGUCUUUUGCUACAGCUGCCGCUUGGGAGAGAAAAUCUAUAAAAAGUGCGCCCCUUUUGCCACACGAACUGUUGUCCCUGCAGCAGAAACUUAAGCGCAUUGUGGUUAUUCAGCAAACGGAUCAGUCAUACCAUAGGGCGUUGAGCGACAUACGCGACCAAGCCAUCAUCUCGGUGCUGGUGGAGCCAAGUUUCUAUGGGCGGCAUUGCAUAACAUCCGUCAUGGUUAUUGCCACCGCGAAUAAUACGUAUGUGUUUGAUCUGAAAGCGCUGGGAGUCAUUUUCCGGGAACUAUCUGUGCUGCUGGAGGCGGAGUAUCCUAGAAAGAUAAUGCACUACAGCCAUCGAAUAUGUGAUUUGCUGUUCCAUCAGCACAAGCUAAGAAUAAAUGGAAUUUGCGACACGUUCGUCGCGUUGUGCGUAGCUCGACAGGAUCGUUGUAAUUGCACGUUGCAGGACGCCAUUUCGUUAAUUUUCGAGCUACCGCUGUCCGAGCUGACCUGCGACGAGAUAACUAGUGCCAGCGAAUCGCUGCGUAACUUCACCGCACGCCCUUUAUCCAGAGGUCAGAUCCAAUACCUGGGAAAACUUGCCAUAUUACAACAUAAGUUACACGAUACGCUUAUCUACGGAAAUAUUUGUAGCGAUUUGCAACAAAUGUCGGAAAAAUUCAGCUGCGAGUUUAACAAGCAAAAGAAAUCGGACGAGGUGGCACUGAACAUGAGACCUGGUAGCAAAACUGGCUUCGAAUGCAUAGAUCCAUACUACAAAAUAUCAACAUCAGUGGACUAACUGCAAUUCCUUAAUAUUAAUGUUGAAAUGAAACGCGCAUGCUGAACACAUUCCUUACGUCUCCUUUUUGCAUUUUCAAUUCCCUUACAAUCUUAUACAUUGUACUCCAUUUCUUUGUUGUAUCGUUGCAUUCUGGUGCAUUCGACAUCGUAAUACUCUGCUCUCAAUGUAGAUUUCUUUAAUUAUUGUUUUAAUGGCUUUCCGACUGCAACACAAAACAGUUACUUUAAAGCUUUCAAAA